AUGGUUGUUGUUUCGGCAAGGACUGUAUUGGCCAACAAUUCUAAAAGAUUGCAUCGAGUUUGCAAAAGGAUGUCGAUAAUGCCAAAAAUUCUCGGGUAUUCAGCAUGUGCCGACCAAUAUGGGAUACCAGAGACUAUUACUACCGAUCAAGGGUCAGUGUUCACUAGUCGAAGAAUGCAAGAAUUCGCGGUUGAAACAAGGUUUAAAUUGUUGACAUCAACUCCUUACUAUGCUCAGGUUAAUGGGCAGGUCGAAGCCGCUAAUAAAGAGGCGACAAAUACUACUCCGUUUCGAUUAACCUUUGGGCAUGAUGUCGUGUUGCCUGUGGAAAUUCAUCUACAAUCAUCCAAAAUUCAAAGACAAAAUGAUAUCCUCGUUGAUCAGUAUUGGAAUAUGAUGUUAGAUGAGUUAGUAUACUUAGAUGAAGAAAGAUUAACAGCCUUAGAUAGGUUGGUUAAACAGAAACAAAAAGCGGCGAAGGCUUAUAACAAAAAAGUGAAAGUUAAAACAUUUGCGCUGAAUGAUUAUGUAUGGAAGGUGAUUUUACCUAUGGAUCAAAAGGAUAAAUCAUUAGGUAAAUGGUUACCAAAUUGGGAAGGACCAUUGAAUGGUGUGCAAAUAUUCACGAAUAACGCAUAUGAGAUUGAGGAAUUAAGUUUAGAUCAUCGAGUCCUGAAGGUAAAUGGGAAAUAUUUGAAAAAAUAUAGACCAAUGCUUCAGAAAAUACGUAUAGCAGAAACAUAA